CUGUGCCCGACACAAGGGACCCACGGGACAUGCAGAACCAGAUCCGCCACAGCUGCCGGGUGGACUCACUGUCUGCAGACCCUCAGGCCCUGGGAGUUUCUCGGCCUGACCUUUGCCCUCCGUCCUGUUCCUGUUUGCUGCAGCGGCCAGGGGAGGAGCAGCCACCAGCUCAAGCCCCAGGGCACGUCUGCACUGCCGCCCACCAUCUGCAGCCCACCCCGGGGCAGGGCGCUCCUGCCUCCACAGCCCCGGGGGUGAGUGCCCAAACCCAGGAGAAUCCAAGCUGUCCUCGCUGUCUCUUGCUGCGCCGUCCCCUCCAGGGCUGGCCAGAGGGUGACAACCCUGCCAGGCCGGGAGCCUGAGGCCCUCAAGCCACUCAGCAUUGCUGCCUCAAGGGCCUGGGAGGGAAGGGGUGGGCCCUGGGAGGUGGGUGUGGGACUCCAACUCGGGUGGUUCUGCCUCUAGUUUGGACUGGGCCUUGGGUGACUGAGGGUGGCCUGGCAGGAGAGAGCUGUCUGGGGGCAGAGGCCAAGGUGGGCAUGUUGGUACCGGCCCCAGCCUGAGCAACACACCUGACAGCUGGCCCAGGUGGCGUUCUCUUCUCAGCGGGCACAAAGGGCAUCCCAGGGCAGGCCUGGCAGCAAGUCCUUACCAGCCAAGGUCACUCCUCAAGUCCUACUCACCCAGGUGCCCUGAAGUCCUGGGAGCAGCGAGGGGGGCAUAGGAGCCAGAGGCAGUGGGGGUGGGGGCGAGCAGGUGAUGCGGGUGCCUUUAUUGGGUGCAGCACUGACCUAGGCACACUCUUCUCAUCGCCAGUCCUCCACAGAACCUUCUGGAGUGGAUGUCAGUAUCUCCAUUUUACAAAUGAGAGAAACUGAAGCUCUGAGAGGAAGUGACUUGCCCAGGGGUCACACAUAAGAGCCACACCUGGGAUUCCAAUCAGCUCCCCAGGGCUCCAGAGCCCUUCUCUACUUCUGACCCUGCUGAGCAUGGGCCUAUAGACGGUGGGAGCCAGACUGAAGACUUGAGUCCUGGAAAGGGGAAGUCAGUCACCAGGGGCACAUCAGGGGCAGGGUGGGGCAGGGGCGGAGUUGGCCAUGUACCCCAUGCCAGGGACCUCCCAGUCACUUGCCCCCUGCCUAGGGCUCUGCCAAAGCUGGACAGGCUAAGCCAGAGGCAAGGCAGGGGUGCCAGCCCUUUGCCCAGGGCCAGAGGGAGGCCAGGAGGAGGUGCCUGGGCUGGUUGGCACCUUCUCCCUAUCCACGCUCUCCCUCCAGUCCCAAGUGACCUUUCCCCCAGAUCCCAGGGUCCAGGCCCGCCCUCGGCUGGCAGGUGUGGGCACAGAGGCAGCUGGGAUUGGUCGCAGCUGGCGGAGGCAUGUCCCAGGCUCCGGCAGACCGCUGGAACAGCUGAGCAGAGCAGGUGGACUGCUGAGAUAGACCAGGGACACCAGGCAGCCACAGGCCUGUCACACCAGGACGCUUACCCUCUAGACAUGGCCUCGGGCCCCUGCAAACCCCAGCCCCGUAGCCCUGCGAGGUUACAGACAGCCUAAACGCCACCACCACAGGGCCUGUGCCGUGCCCCUGACCAGGGCACAGAAGGCCACUGGCCCGGAGGCCAUGGAGACGGUGCCCCCAGCAGUGGACCUGGUGCUGGGUGCUUCUGCCUGCUGCCUGGCCUGUGUCUUCACCAACCCCCUGGAGGUGGUGAAGACGCGGCUGCAGCUGCAGGGGGAGCUGCAGGCCCGGGGCACCUACCCACGGCCCUACCAUGGCUUCAUAGCCUCUGUCGCUGCUGUGGCCCGAGCAGACGGGCUGUGGGGCCUGCAGAAGGGGCUGGCUGCCGGCCUUCUGUACCAAGGCCUCAUGAACGGCGUUCGUUUCUACUGCUACAGCCUGGCGUGCCAGGCUGGCCUCACGCAGCAACCAGGUGGCACCGUGGUUGCGGGAGCCGUGGCGGGGGCACUGGGAGCCUUCGUGGGGAGCCCUGCUUACCUGAUCAAAACGCAGCUGCAAGCCCAGACAGUGGCCGCAAUGGCCGUGGGACACCAGCACAAUCACCAGACUGUCCUGGGUGCCUUGGAGACCAUCUGGCGGCAACAAGGGCUCUUGGGGCUGUGGCAGGGUGUUGGUGCGGCUGUGCCCCGAGUCAUGGUGGGCUCAGCUGCCCAGCUGGCCACCUUCGCCUCUGCCAAGGCCUGGGUACAGAAGCAACAGGUGAGGAGCUGGGGACACCUGUGCCUAUCCACAGAGACACACCGGACUGAGGGGGGCCACCUGCCUCCUUCCACACGGGGAAGACCAGGGGGUGGCAACAGAUGGGGCCCUGCCUCUGCCCUCAGAGUCGUGACUCCGGCCCUUGGUACCAGCAGGAGUGUGGGGUCAGCAGUGAACCCCAAAGCUGAGAAGGAGCUCAGGGUGGCAGGGCUGGGGGAUGGCUGGAGGGGCCUCAUCUGCUCCCCUUUCUGUAGCCCUUUUAGCCCCUGUGUGGUAGGAAGCCGGGAGGGCACGACGUGGGUGGGUAGAGAGCUGUUGCAGGGAUCAGCACCUGUGCCAUCCCCACAGUGGCUCCCUGAGGACAGCUGGCUGGUGGCCCUGGCUGGGGGCAUGAUCAGCAGCAUAGCCGUGGUUGUCGUCAUGACUCCCUUCGAUGUGGUCAGCACGCGGCUAUACAAUCAGCCGGUGGACACAGCUGGCAGGGGCCAGCUCUAUGGGGGCCUCACCGACUGCAUGGUGAAGAUCUGGCGGCAGGAGGGCCCCCUGGCACUCUACAAGGGCCUGGGCCCCGCCUACCUGCGCCUGGGCCCCCACACCAUCCUCAGCAUGCUCUUCUGGGACGAGCUUCGGAAACUGGCUGGGCGGGCCCAGCACCAGGGCACCUAGACGACGGCCCUCACCCCCACGUCCUGACACGGCCGGCACUUGGCCGGAAGUGAGGGCCUGCUCCAGGACAACUGGCUGUCCCAGGGCGGGCCAUGGGCCCAGGCCCUGCCAGAGGUCCCGGGAGAGUGUGGACAGCUCUGGUCCAUCCAGCCCCUUGGCCCACCCAGGUCCAGAGCAUCCACUUCAAGUUACCACCCAUUCUGUCUUCCAGACAGUUCUCUUCCUUCUCUGUACUGCGUACUGGGUCACCACAUCCCAGAGCCUUGCUCAGUUAUAGCAACUGCUGCGGGCGUGCACACGGCAUAGGCCCAGUAACUUACAUACAUCGGCUCACUUAGGCCUCAGACAGCAGCACGAGGCAGGCACUUUUACUUCUUUUACCAUUAGAAAGCCAAGGCCUAGAGUGGUGGUGGGCUUUGACCACAGCCACACAAUUUUGAAGUGGCAGAGCCAGGACUGGAGCUCAGCCCUGCUCACCCUAGACCUAUGCGCUUGGCAAGUGCAUGACUGUGACAGGCCCAUGGGCCCGGACUGCCCACAGGGGUCACUGUGCCAUGGCAAAGGCUGGGGAGCACCAGGAGGCUGUGGCGUCGUCACCUGCCUUAUUUGCUGGAGAUGCUGUAGCAGAGAACCACAGACUGGGCGACUUAGACAAUAGAAAUGUAUUUUCUCACAGUUCUGGAGGCUGGAUGCUGGAGACCAAGGUGUCAGUGGGCUGGUUUCUUCUGAGGCCUCUGUCCAUGGCUUACAGAUGCUGCCUUCUCUCUGUGUCUGCACAUGGUAGUCCCUCGAUGUGCGUCUGGGUCCUGAUCUCCUCCUCUUAUAAGGACACAAAUCUUGUUGGCUUAGGGCCCACCCUCAUGACCCCACUUUAAUUUUUUUUUUUUUUUUUUGAGAUGAAGUCUCGCUCUGCCACCCAAGCUGGAGUGCAGUGGCACGAUCUCGGUUCACUGCAACCUUGGCCUCCUAGGUUCAAGCAAUUCUCCUGCCCCAGCCUCCUGAGUAGCUGGGAUUACAGGCGUGUGCCACCACACCCGGCCAAUUUUUGUAUCUUUAGUAGAGAUGGGGUUUUGCCAUGUUGGCCAGACUGGUCUCGAACUCCUGACCUCAAGUGAUCCACUGGCCUUGGCCUCCCAAAGUGCUGGGAUUACAGGCAUGAGCCACCUCACUUGGCCCAAUUUUAACUUAAUUAUCUCUGUCAAGAGCCUAUCUCCAUAUACAGUCACAUCCUGAGCUACUAGGGGGUAGGACUUCAACAUGCACUUCUGCAGGGGCCGCAGUUCAGCCAACAUCAUUUUUUUUUUUUUUUUUUUUUUUUGAGAUGGAGUCUCGCUUUGUUGCCCAGGCUGGAGUGUGGUGGUGCAAUCUCGGCUCACCACAACCUCCACCUCCCAGGUUCAAGUGAUUCUCCUGCCUCAGCCUCCUGAGUUGCUGGGACUAUAGGUGUGCGCCACCAUGCCCAGCUAAUUUUGUAUUUUUAGUAGAGACAGGCUUUCACUGUGUUGGCCAGGCUGGUCUUGAAUGCCUGACCUUGCCGCCCGCCUCGGCCUCCCAAAAUGCUGGGAUUACAGGCGUGAGCCACCGCGCCUGGCCUCAGCCAACAUCAUCUAAGGGCUCUCACGGAGGGCCUCCCAGCUGCCCGCCCUGUGGUCAUUUGCACAUAUCCUGACAAGCCUGAAAGAAGCUCCGGGUGCCCAUUGUUCAGUCCAGGUGCCCAUUGUUCCCGGGACUGAGGCCCGGGAAAGGGAAGCGAUGUGGCAGGGCCAGCAGCAGACCCUGGGCCUUUCUCUAGACUGAGCACCACUCCCCAUGGGUGUGCUCUCAACGCCACACCGACCUUCACACUGCAGAGAUGGAUGCCAACUCCCUGGCAGGGGCAGGACUGCUGCCGAGCAGCCCCACCUGCCCUCCCAGCCACACCCCAAGUCUGUAAGUGCCGCUCCCAGGAACACCUGCUACUGCACACUCCAAACCAAUAAAGUUUUAUAUUUUGUUUACUUCAA